AUGAAGUACCUCACGUCUCUGGUCUUGUACGCUACCCAUGUUUUCGCCGCCAGUCAAAUAGCCCUCUUCACGGAUGAGCACUGCCAAAACUCGCUGCGAGGUCUCGAAGGUCCCAAUGGCUAUCCCAAUGGCACGUGUACCGAUCUGCGACGUACUGGGCCAUACGGCAGUUUUCAAGUUGUAGGCCUGGAUCCAGGCUGCACUGUCACCAUCUACCAAAAUGACACCACCGAGAACAUCUGUUCAGGCUAUCAAGAAGUGAUUCAGCCCAUCGACUGCUACAACUCUUCCUUCGUAUACUACAGUAUCGACUUUUGUGAUAUCGUCAGCACCCAGUCGCCUACUCCAUCUGUCAUUGCGCCAUCUUCGCAUUCCUCGGGUAUAUCCACAGGCGCGGCCGUUGGAGCUACACUUGGUGGAGUCGCAGGGCUUGCAAUUAUCGGCGGACUGAUUGCAUUUUUCAUCUUGAAGAAGCGAAGAAAGGCACGGAGAACUCCAGAAGUCGCAGAGUAUUCGGCUUCAAUGCCGUCCGAGGUACACGCGAAGCACCUCCAUGAGAUGGGACCAAGUGCAGUCGCAUACAAAAGAGAUGCGGCGGUGGAGGUUGAGCAACCAGCUGCUGAGCUCGAGGGCAGAGAAUUGGGUCAUGAUGAUGAGGAGUCGAGGACUUUACGCUCAUGA